AUGGGUUUCCGCAAGCUAUUGAAGAGGGCCUUGACCGAGAACGACAACGACAAGUUUUACAAAGUCGAGAUCGGUCAGGUGUUCCAAGACCGAUACAGAGUAGAGACACAUCUGGGAGCUGGCAGAUAUGCUUCUGUCUGGUUGGUGAUAGACACGACGAAUGGCGAGCAUGCCGCGCUCAAGAUCCUGAACAGCGAUUUCUACAACGGCCAUCACCAGAUCUUUGAGCUUGAAGUCAUGCAGAGAGUCACCGCAUGCUCGAACCAAUCCUCGCACCCAGGCAGGGCCCAUGUCACAUACCUCAAGAACCACUUCGACAUUCAAGGACCGACUGGGAAGCACGUCUGCAUGGUGAUGCCCUUGCUCGGCGACAGCAUCGCGGAAAAGGCCACUACCGGUCACAUCAUCCGUAUUCCUCCUCCGACAGUCAGAAACAUCGCAAGACAAAUGCUUGAAGCGCUAGACUUCUUACACAGCGAAUGCGGCAUCAUCCACACCGAUCUCCAACCCUCCAAUAUCCUCAAGGACGAUCAAGGCCAGUCGCCGCAAGAAAUCGACGAACUUAUUCGCACAGAGUCAUCCGGCCCUGAGUUCAACGAGCCAGACAUGCAAUUCCGUCUCAACGAUUUGGGUAUCGCUUGUUUCGUGGACCAGCACUUGACGGACGACAUUCAAUCAGAGUACCUCCGCGCGCCGGAAGUCACUCUGGAAGCACCCUGGGAUCCUAGUGUCGACAUCUUCAGUCUCGGCUGUUUGCUCUUCCAAUUCAUCACCGGAGACCUGCCAUUCGUAGGACGCCCUGGCCCUGGCGUAACGGCAGACCAAGAUCGUAUAGCCACACUAGUCUCCACUUUCGGACCUAUCCCAAAUGUUGUGCUGGACAACGCAGCACUGGGCAGAGAGUUUGAGCAGCAAUGUAUAAACGGACACGGCUUCCCUGUUUCCCUGGAGACGAUGGUGGGGCAGAGCUUUGCAGGCGAUGCACAGGGAAUGCUGCCAAUCGAUGAGUUAGAAUUGUUUUGCGACUUCUUGAGGAAGAUGUUGGCGUCUGAUCCGAGAGAGAGGCAGAGGGCGAGUGAAUUGGUGAAUCAUCCAUGGCUUUCUUAUUCACCUGAGGCCUAG